AUGCUUAGUUGAUCCAAUGAGGUGACGCCGCGUUCCGGGCCUGUCCGCUGCCGUCUAGCCGCUGAAAAAGGACCAGAACCACCAGGAACCGGAACAUCAAGACCGUAAGCUGUUCGGUAAACUCCCGUAAAACGUCCAGUCCGGUGGGAACUGCACGGGUCCAGCUGAAGGAAUCAAUCUCAUCAUGGUUGGAAGGAACCUGAUACGGGCUGCUCUUGCCUGCCUGGUUCUGGCUUUGCUGCCUUCUUACACAGUGACUGUUGCUGUCAUGUCUGUGGACCUCGGCAGUGAGUGGAUGAAGAUGGCCAUAGUAAAGCCAGGUGUGCCGAUGGAGAUCGUUCUCAACAGGGAGUCGAGAAGGAAAACGGCCACAGCGGUUUGUCUGAAGGAGAACGAGCGACUCUUUGGAGACAGCGCAUUAGGAGUGUCUGUGAAGAAUCCCAAAAUGGUGUACAGACACCUCCAAAGUCUUCUGGGUAAAAGGCACGACAGCCCCCAGGUGGCGCUGUACCAGAAACGUUUCCCCGAGCACCAGCUGCACGAGGACCCAGUGAGAGGCACGGUUUACUUCAAAAGCUCAGAAGAUGUACAGUACACACCCGAAGAGCUCCUAGGGAUGGUGCUCAAUUAUUCACGUGGACUGGCUCAGGACUUUGCAGAACAGCCAAUCAAAGAUGCAGUAAUCACCGUCCCAGCCUUUUUCAACCAGGCUCAGCGCAGGGCAGUCCUGCACGCUGCACAGAUGGCCGGGCUAAAGGUCCUCCAGCUCAUCAACGACAACACGGCCGUCGCCUUGAACUACGGCGUUUUCAGAAGGAAGGAUAUUGACGGCACAGCCAAGAGUGUGAUGUUUUACGACAUGGGCUCCAGCAGCACCACAGCCACCAUCGUCACCUACCAGACGGUCAAAACCAAGGAGUCUGGCUCCCAGCCUCAGCUCCAGAUCCGAGGAGUCGGGUUUGAUCUUGGGCUUGGGGGCUUUGAAAUGGACCUGAGAGUGCGAGACCACCUGGCCCAAAUUUUCAAUCAGCAGAAGAAGAGUCCAAAAGAUGUGAAGGAGAACCACCGGGCGAUGGCCAAGCUGCUCAAAGAGGCGCAGCGGCUGAAGACGGUGCUGAGUGCAAACAUGGAGUUCACAGCACAGGUUGAGGGCUUAAUGGAUGACAUCGACUUCAAAGCAAAGGUGACCAGAGCUGAGUUUGAGAAUCUGUGUGCGGACCUGUUUGAGAGGGUCCCCGGCCCGGUGCAGGACGCCCUAACAGUGGCUGAGAUGAAGCUGGAGGAGAUUGAGCAGAUUAUUUUAGUUGGUGGCUCUACUCGGGUCCCGAAGGUCCAGGAAGUGCUGCUCAAAGCUGUGGGGAGAGAGGAACUUGGGAAGAACAUCAAUGCUGAUGAGGCAGCAGCUAUGGGUGCCGUGUACCAGGCUGCUGCCCUCAGCAAGGCCUUCAAGGUCAAACCUUUCCUGGUCCGAGAUGCAGCCAUCUUCCCCAUCCAGGUGGAGUUCUCCAGGGAGAUGGAGGAGGAGGAGGAGGGCAUCAAGACCUUCAAACACAACAAACGCAUCCUGUUCCAGAGGAUGGCUCCGUACCCUCAGAGGAAAGUCAUCACAUUCAAUCGCUACAACGACGACUUUGAAUUCAACAUCAACUACGGAGACCUCAGCUUCCUGAGCGAGGCUGACCUCAGAGUUUUUGGCUCCCUGAACCUGACCACCGUCCGGCUGUCCGGGGUGGGCGACAGCUUUCAGAAGCACACGGACGCCGAGUCCAAAGGGAUCAAAGCGCAUUUCAACAUGGAUGAAAGUGGAGUGCUGCUCCUCGACCGCGUGGAGUCUGUCUUUGAGACGACCAUGGAGGAGAAGGAAGAGGAGUCCACCUUAACUAAACUGGGAAACACAAUUUCCACCUUGUUUGGAGGAGGACCGUCUGAGCCUGCUCCCAAUGUGACCGACCCUGUUCAGGAGGAGGAGGAAGAAGUUCCUCUAGAUUCUGGAAAAGAGGCCAAGAAUGGCAUUGAGAAGGACACGGUUACCAAGGAGACAGAGGAUUUGGAGAAAAAUCCAACUGAAGAGAAAAUCGAGGAGAAAAGUGAGGAGGCAGGAACCAAAGCUGAGGCUCCGGAGGAGAAAGAGGAGGAGAAGGCUGGAAACACGGAGACGGAGAAGAAAAUAAAAACCCAGAAAAAGAUGAAGAUCUCUGAAGAUGUGACGGUGGAGCUGGUUGUGAAUGACCUCCCUGACCCCACCGCAGAUGACCUCAUCGCCUCCAAAAAGAAGCUGCAGGAUCUGACGGACCGAGACCUGGCCAAGCACGAGCGAGAGAAGAUGCUCAACAGCCUGGAAGCUUUUAUAUUUGAGACGCAGGAUAAGUUGCACCAGGAGGAAUACCAGCAGGUGGUGACUGAGGAGGGGAGAGAGCACAUCUCGGUGAAGCUGAGGGAAGCGUCUGAGUGGAUGGACGAGGACGGCUACGCUGCCACCACCAAGCAGCUGAAGGACAAGCUGUCUCAGCUCAGGAACCUGUGCAAGGACAUGUUCUUUAGGGUGGAGGAGCGGCGGAAGUGGCCGGAGCGCCUUGCUGCCCUCAACACCCUGCUCAACACGUCUGCGUUCUUCCUGAGGAGUGCCAGGCUGAUUCCAGAGGAGGACCAGAUCUUUACAGAAGUUGAGCUGAACAUGCUGGAGAAGGUCAUCAAUGAAACUUCUGUGUGGAAGAACGAGACGGUGUUGGAGCAGGAGAAGCGGUCUCCCAGCGAGCGUCCGGUUCUGCUGUCCAAGGACAUCGAGGCCAAGCUGGCUUUGUUGGAUCGAGAGGUCAACUACCUGCUAAACAAAGCCAAAUUUGCAAAACCCAAGAUUAAAUCCAAACCCAAGAACAGCACUAGCGCUGGUAAAGAGAACAAGACCAUUCCCGUAGCUGAAGAAACGGUUCCACCAGUCUCAGAGGAGAGUCCCGACCCACAGAGUGAGAGCCAGGAGUCGCAUGACUCCGCCCCCACCACAGAGAGCACUUUACACCCUGACUCUGAUAGCCAAUCACAGGCCACGGAGGCUACCGGAACCACAGAAUCAACAAAGAAGGGUCCGCCUGAUGAAUUAUAACGAUGGAAGUGUGUGUGUGUGUGUGUGUGUGUGGGGACACUAUUUAUUGACAGUGUAAAAUGUUCCACCACCUCCCCAUUUUGUUCCCACCGCUUGUUGAAUGACUGGAAGCCGAGGCUGGAAAAUGCUCCGUUUCUCUGUGGUGUCCACCUCGCCUGUCCCUAGCGGACUCUGGGACACCGAACAAGCAGACUGCACCUGUGCCAAGAUGGAUGUGAUGUCCUAAACCAGUGUCCAGCGUAGGGGUGUCGUCUGCUGCUCCAGGAGCUAAUGGCUGUGUCUCUGUGCUCUGGACCUUUGACCUUUAGCCCCGGUGCGACCCAUGUGCUUCUGCCUUCCAUGGUGGACAUGAUGCUCUCGUCUCCUUGACAUCCUCAAGACGCACAUUAGUUUUUUUCUUUUAACGUUGAUGAACCUUCAUUAGUUUCAGUAAUAAAAUUGGUUUCUUUUA